UGUGGUGCCUGCCAGGGACUGUGGCAUCAGUAAGCAGUGGAGAGAGAGUGCUGUUUGAGAGCACCACCCACUACAGAAAUGGCGGAGGGGGAAUUGGACGUAGACUCGCUGAUCGCCCGACUAUUAGAGGUGCGGGGAUGUCGCCCAGGGAAGAUCGUGCAGAUGUCAGAGGCUGAGGUGAGAGGCCUCUGCAUAAAGUCCAGAGAGAUCUUCCUCAGCCAGCCCAUCCUGUUGGAAUUGGAGGCUCCCCUCAAAAUCUGUGGUGACAUCCACGGCCAGUACACAGACCUGCUGCGGCUCUUUGAGUACGGGGGCUUCCCGCCCGAAGCCAACUACCUGUUCCUGGGGGACUACGUGGACCGAGGCAAGCAGUCCCUGGAAACCAUCUGUUUACUGCUGGCUUACAAGAUCAAAUACCCCGAGAACUUCUUCCUCCUCAGGGGCAACCACGAGUGUGCUUCCAUAAACCGCAUCUAUGGCUUCUAUGAUGAGUGUAAGCGCAGAUUCAACAUAAAGCUGUGGAAGACAUUUACUGACUGCUUCAACUGCCUUCCCAUCGCUGCCAUCGUAGAUGAGAAAAUCUUCUGUUGCCAUGGAGGCCUCUCUCCAGACCUGCAGUCUAUGGAGCAGAUCCGUCGUAUCAUGAGACCCACAGACGUCCCUGACACCGGGUUGCUGUGCGAUUUGCUGUGGUCGGACCCAGACAAAGAUGUUCAGGGUUGGGGGGAGAACGACCGCGGGGUCUCGUUCACGUUUGGGGCUGAUGUGGUCAGCAAGUUCCUCAACCGCCACGAUCUGGACCUCAUCUGCAGAGCCCACCAGGUGGUGGAGGAUGGCUAUGAGUUCUUUGCCAAGCGGCAGCUGGUGACUCUGUUCUCAGCUCCUAACUACUGUGGAGAGUUUGACAAUGCCGGCGGUAUGAUGAGUGUUGACGAGACCCUGAUGUGCUCCUUUCAGAUCCUGAAGCCGUCUGAGAAGAAGGCCAAGUACCAGUAUGGAGGGAUGAACUCCGGCCGACCCGUCACCCCGCCCCGCACCGUGGUCCCACCAAAGAAACGGUGAACAAGGAAGAGAGAGAGAGCGGAAGGGAGGGAGAUGGAGGGAUGUCGGGGAUGAGUGACGGUCCCUCAUCAGUUUUUCACAAUGGAGAAACACUUAGCAGAAAUAAAUAAACGUAGAUAAAACGCAAAGCAAAGUUUUUGAUUUCAUGACCCACUGCCCCCCCACCUCCGUUGUGUCUAUUUGUUGUCAUUUCCCUCUCUGAACUGUUCUGUGUCACGCACCGCUCCCCCUGUGUAACCAACCACACCCAUUUAAAGGGAACAAUGACGACACAAGGUGGUAAUUCUGUUUGCAUAUUGGAGUGUUUUUCUUCGUUCUUGCUUUUUGGCUUAUGACAGAAUGACAACUACUAGCCCCAGUUGACCAUUUCACCCCACCCCACCUGUCAAGUAAGAACAGGUGUUAAUGACAAUUACUGGGUUUUCAAUAAAUAAAAUGGGGGGGGUAACUUUUU